AUGUUCAAUUCCCAGUGGACGUUGUCAAGUUUAUCACCAUUAUUGUCAGCUGUUUUAAAUUUAUCGGAAAUACUACAUCAACAACUACUACUACUACUGAUAAUAAUAAUACUGGUAGUGCUACGACUUUUAUUAAUAUCAUUGAUUUUAAUUCAUUAUUAUUUUAGUCAUUCAUCUCAUUGUUAUCUCACUGGUAUCUUUGAGUGGUUUAACAACUAUCUACCCUCAUCACAUUCACUCACUUCCCCUUUUUCUUAUUUCGUGGAGUUAAUAUCACUGCCAUCCUCAGCACUGACAUCCUCGUUGUUACUAUCACUGUCAUGGAUAUUCUGCAUAUUGUUUGGUGCUUUAAGUAUAUGGUUGUGGAAAUCAGUAUGUUACCUCAGUACACGAUUAUAUCAUCAGAAGGAUAUACUACUAUUUUUCGGAAACAGUAUUAAUGAUAUUCGUAAUUAUAGAAUUUACAGUAAAAUAAAUGUCAUACUACUUACAUUGCACACUGAUUCAAUCAUUUUCAUAUAUAAUCUUAUCAGUGGAUGGAAUUCAAGCGAUACGUUGAAGAGUAUAAUUAAAACAUCAAAAAGACUUACACAACGUAAACGUUUAAGUCAUGGAAUGAGUACAUUAUUCACUAUAUACUUUGGAUUAUUUAUUUAUUUAGAACUGUAUGGAAUUGAUUAUGCUGAAAGUAGACCGAUUUCAACCGAAAACGAACGCAGAUAUGGUAAUUUAGAUUUACAUCCGGCUAAAUCAUCACAACAAAAGACACCAAAAGUGGUUAUGCCACCAUAUGACCUUGGGUUUAAAGGUCAAAAAACAGACGAACUGAACAAAGUAAAAUUAUAUCCACCGUUAUCAUCAUCAUUAUCGUAUCCUACAUUUUUGAGUGAUUUUAAUGACAAUUUCGAUCAAAUGAAAGGUUUUCAGUCAGAUGAAACAUAUGUAAGAGAUUCUCAAACACAGCAGCAGCAAAGAAAACAACGCUAUCAGAGACUAAGUCGUGAUAAUUUUAACUCACAAGAAGAGACCGACAAUGAUGAUGAGGACAGUGCUGUCGAAUUUUUCAAUACACGUUUGAUGUAUGAUUCGAAGUUGUCUCAAUCUAAUCAUCUUAACAAGAAUAGUGUAAGAUCAUACGGACAAUCUCCAUCGGUAUCAUCAUCAAUACCGUCAUUAACAGAAAGAGAGACAAAUGAACGACUUGACUAUAGAAGAGUAAACCUUGCACCUUCUAAAUCAACAAUACAAAAACAGAUAUCGUACUCCCCAUAUAAUCCAUAUACAAGAAUGAAUAAUUAUCAAGAAUCGCUUUAUAUACCUGACCAACAAACUAUGUAUGAAAUGAAUACUCAACAGUACCCCCGCGAACAAGAGAAGACAUGGACCAGAAAGGAUAAUAAUAAUAAUAAGCCAUAUCAACGUCAUGAAUUAUAUGAUGGUUAUACAGCUCAUAUGAAUCGUGAAAAUCCGUCUAGUUGGUUUCCUUUUCCUAAUUAUCAAACCAAUAAUAAUAAUCCAUUGAACAAUAGACCAUUAUAUUCACAACAGUCAAAAAUACAACACCAACACCAACCAUCUUCAAGUUUAAAUAGUUACUCAUAUUAUAGCACUCCAACCAAAAAUAUUGAUAGUAAUAAUAACGUUAAUAAACGUAAUCCAUUUUCAUAUUUUCCUGAGAUUUCGGAUAUUCAAUUAUCUCAUCUAAUUUAUCAGUACCAAAUGGAAUUAUUACGUCGACAAUCUGGACGUUUACCCGAUAUUGAUUAUCAAAUGGAGCAUAAUUACUAUGGUCAACCGGCUGAAUCGUCUUCACACCAUUUACCUAAUUAUCAUCCACAGGAUUAUGGACUACACUUGUCCGGAGUAAAAAAUCACGAUAAAGUUAUUCGAAAAUUCAAUAAUUUAGCUAAUCAACGAUUAAUGGCUGGUGUUGAUGAAUUUUUCGACGAACUGGAUCAUAAUAGAGACGGAGUAAUUACGUUAGAUGAACUUAGUAAUUAUUUAUUACUGCACGAAAUCCACUUCGCACAUUGA